AUGUUUCGUUACAGAAUUGUGUUCCAGAGUGCCGACAGAUUUGUGCACGAGUCGCUCAAGGGCCGUCUUUCUCUGGUGGGAGACCUGAACAAAAACGACGCCUCCAUCUCGAUACGAGAUGUCAACAUAAAUGACUUCAAAAGCUACACCUGCCAGCCAGUCCUGUACUACGAGAACCGGGACAAAGUGGUUCAAGUCUCUGACGCAAUUGACCUGAACAUGAAAGGUCAGAAGAUAGAACACAAUCCAAGUCUAUCUGAGAGAACAGAGCUUUCUCAAAUACCUAAACCCCCAACAUUAUGCGAACCCCCAAGGUUUCCUGCACCUCCUAAAAUACCUGAACCUCCUAAGUUGCCUGAACCUUAUCAAAUAACUCAACACCCCAAGACACCGGCACCUCCUAAAAUACCUGAACCCCCUAGGUUGCCUGAACCUUAUCAAAUAACUCAACACCCCAAGACACCGGCACCUCCUAAAAUACCUGAACCUCCGAAAAUAUAUGGACCCUCUAAGACUCCAGGACGCCCUAGGAAACCAAAACCUUCGAAAAAACCUAAAACUCCCAAGAUGCCAGUGCCUAAGACAACAAAAUCUACCGUGACAACUCAACGCCCAUGGAUUUCACACACUCCCAGUAUACAAGAUCCAACUGAGACACCGAUCCAUCUAACCUCCCCCUCAAUGCCUCGCACCCCCAGCCCCACAUUCCUCCAGGUGACCAUUAUCCCCAUCAUUGCGACGGUGCUGAGCUCAGUCCUGUUCCUCCUGGUGCUCGUCGUGUCUGUGUGGGCGAGACGGUCCAAAAAGCGCCGGGCAGGAGACAAGUUUUCUGCGCGCCAGGCUCCCAGCACCGAGCUGCAGGAACUCUCCUUGUGGAACGUGGACAGCGCGGCUCGGAAAGAAUUGGCGCGGGAGUGUCUCGGAAUGCAGGAGCCGCAAGCCAUUGACACUGCCAUCACGUCAGGCUCGGGUGCGAGGACAGGGACAAGGACGGCUGGCAUUGGGAGGACCAGCCAAUCUUUGGCAAAGCAGCCGCCACUGCCUCCGACCAUCCGCACACCACUGUACCAGCAGGUCGUGCGACCCGCGUCUCUUGCCCCCGCCGGCUACCAAAAGACAUUCAGCGACUACCCAAACUACGAGGAAGUCGCUUUGUGUCUCGGAAUGCAGGAGCCGCAAGCCAUUGACACUGCCAUCACGUCAGGCUCGGGUGCGAGGACAGGGACAAGGACGGCUGGCAUUGGGAGGACCAGCCAAUCUUUGGCAAAGCAGCCGCCACUGCCUCCGACCAUCCGCACACCACUGUACCAGCAGGUCGUGCGACCCGCGUCUCUUGCCCCCGCCGGCUACCAAAAGACAUUCAGCGACUACCCAAACUACGAGGAAGUCGCUUUGAAGCCAAUGCAGCUCGCUGAGCACUGGGACGAACACGGUCUGAUCUCGCGGCACCUCAUGAAGGACAACGCGAUGGAGAAUUUUGUACAUGCACUGAAGUUUGCUUAA